UCUCCCCUGUGCAGGUGACAGGCAGGUGGCUCCAGCCAGCCCAGCCCCAGCAUGAGCUCCUUCGACCUCCAGGCGCCCUCCCCACCUCGCUGCGGUCCCCAGUUCCCCAGCAUCGGCCAGGAGCCCCCGGAGGUGAACCUUUACUAUGAGAAUUUCUUCCACCCACAGGGGGUGCCCAGCCCUCAGCGGCCCCCCUCCUUCGAGAGUGGCGGCGAGUAUGGGGCCACCCCCAACCCCUACAUUUGGCUCAACGGGCCAGCCAUGACCCCACCGCCCUACCUGCCAGGCACCAACGGUAGCCCCUUCCUGCCCCAAGCCUACGGAGUGCAGAGGCAGCUGCUGCCCAGCAUGUCCGGGCUGGGGGGCAGCGACCUGGGCUGGCUGCCCAUCCCCUCGCAGGAGGAGCUGAUGAAGCUGGUGCGGCCCCCCUACUCCUACUCGGCUCUCAUCGCCAUGGCCAUCCACGGCGCGCCCGACAAGCGCCUUACCCUCAGCCAGAUCUACCAGUACGUGGCCGACAACUUUCCCUUCUACAAUAAGAGCAAGGCUGGUUGGCAGAACUCCAUCCGCCACAACCUGUCUCUCAACGACUGUUUCAAGAAGGUGCCCCGCGACGAGGACGACCCGGUUUAUGACAAUAAGGAGGAACAGAAGCAAAGCAUUUUGUCCAUCUCUUUACUUCAUUCUCCCACUUUUGUACCAGGCAAAGGGAAUUACUGGACCCUGGACCCCAACUGUGAGAAGAUGUUUGAUAAUGGAAAUUUCCGCAGGAAGAGGAAGAGAAAAUCAGAUGUUUCUUCUGGCGCGGGCUCCUUGGCCUCAGAGAAAACAGACACCAGUCUCCUGGUGGGCAGUCCUAAGGCCACAGAGGCCCAGGACAUCUUGGACGGCACUUCGCCAGGAGCCACCAGCUCCACAGACAAGCGUCCCUCCCCUCCCCCGCUGGGCACCCCAUGCCUCAACAACUUCCUUUCCUCCAUGACAGCCUAUGUGAGUGGGUCGAGCCCCAUGAGCCGCCCUGUGGCAACACCAGGACUGAGCCCUGAACCCACUGACAAGGUGGCACAGAACUUGCUCAACUUCAGCUCCUACACCCCACUCACCAACCUCAGCAGCCACGGCAGCGGGGGUGAGUGGGCCAACCCCAUGCCCACCAACACUCUUGGCUACAGCAGCUCUGUCCUCAACCAGUUCAGUCCUCAUUUCUACAACAGCAUCAACACGAACACGGUCCUCUACCCCAGGGAGGGCACUGAGGUCUAGAACAGGCUCCCGAGCCAGAUGGACAUGCCUGAGAGAAAAGCAGUUAAGUGCUCCAUGCCAGCGUCCCUAUGUCCAAGGCCUCUGAACUGUCCAGCCAUAGACAGGAGGCUCAGAGUAAUUCUUCCUUUUUCUAGGAUAUUGUGUAAACCUUCUGUUUAUCACAUAUACAUCCACACACACACUCAACUUUGCAAUGGAAACUCUGAUAAGUGGAUACCAGUAACCAUAGCCGCCAUUUGUUGAGCACUUACUAUGUGCUGGGUGCUUCCCAGGCUUUUUAAAGACACAAUCACACUUACUAUUUACAGUCACCCUGCAGGAUUCAUAUGAUCCUCUUCAUUUAACAGAUGAGGAAACUGAGGCUUGAGGACAUUAAGUAACUUCCUAAGGUCAUACAAACUAGUAAGCGGCAGGGCCAGGAGUCAAGUCUGAGUCUAUGUGACCCCCAAAGUUUGGGCCAACAAAGGUAAGAUGGAGGUAUUAGUUGAGCAGCUAAGAUCAGUGUGAAAGCUGAUGAUGGCAAGCUUUCCACUGCCUUCCAGCUCUCUGCGUUUACCAGCAGCCCUGGGAACAUCUCAUCUUGGUCCAAGUCCUUAUUCUGUGGCUCCUUUUGCUGCCACUCAAGGAGGCCCACAUCUCUGCCCAACAGCAUGUCCAGCCUCUCCCCACAGGGGGAUGCUGCUCCACCAGCUCUGGAGAGACCUUGAGCAGAGCAGGAGAGGAGGGUGCACCACAAGCUCCCUACCCCAACCCAGCACUGCCCACCUGCUAAAGUCUUGUAAAGCCCAGCUUCCUGUGUGCACGUCAUGGACCAGUGAGCUAGAGGUGGCUGGGUCUUCCAAGAGAAACAAGGCUGAAUAAGCCCUUCCUUUUUACAGUCCAGGAGAGGUGAAUGUCAGAAAACAAUGCCUCGGGAGGGGCCAGCAGCCUGCCGCACAAGGGUCUGUGCAGGCAGCAUCUGGGGUUUUCUCUUGUUUUGUAUGUACUUCAUCAUGGCACACCCUGGGAAGUGUCUGUUUUCUAAUUUUCGUUUUAAUUAAAAAAAAAUCUGCA